AUGACGAACGACAAGCACAGUAACAAUUUUUUCAGUGAAUUUAAUAUAUAUAAUAAAAAAAAUGCGAAAAAAGUUGUGUACAGGUAUUUUCAGAACAGAACGCAAAAACAAACGAAGUAUAUCACAUGGUCAUUACUUGCAUUUAGUGGUAUGUUUCUAUAUAUUACAAACAAAGCCUAUGAUAGGAAUAUAUUUUAUUUGAACAAUGAAGUUUAUAAGAAAUUGAGUAAAAAUUAUGACUCCUCUACACCGCUCGAAGCCCAAAACAGGGCUUUUAAGCAAAUUUUUGUAAAAGCAAAAAGAAAAAAUUUAGAACUAGAUUCGAAACCCAUAAUUUCUCAAAUUAUUAGAAUAAAUGACAGAGAACAAUAA